AUGUUCAAACCUAGUGCCCACAGACGUCUACCUAGGGAGGAUGACAUAAUACAGGAAGACGACGAGGAUGGCCCGUUAUGGCCUAGUGCCCUCAGACGCCUAUCUAAUGAGGAGGAGAGGCUGAAAAUCGCCGAUGGCGACGAAAGGAAGCUCUUCAGUGCAUAUCCCCGAGGAUCAAUGGAAAACAGGGACUACAAAGUUUGGGACAUCUAUUUUACCCUUGGAGGCGACUCCUUAUAUGCAGGGAGGAUUCUGAAGGCAGUCAUGAAAUUUCCGAGUUCCUAUCCUCUUCGGCCACCCACUCUCAAGUUUGUUUCAAAGAUGUUCCACCCAAACAUCUACGAGGACGGAAAGAUGUGUAUAUCCAUUCUCGAGGAGGACAAGCAGCAGGACUCAUCAGUAUUCGGAGACCCCAAAGAUAAGUGGACCCCUGUCCAGAAUAUCAGAACGAUUGUCAUGUCGAUUGUGGUGAUUCUUAACUCUCCAAACAUAUCGUCUCCGGCAAACGUAGACGCCUCUGUGAUGUACAGAGACAAUCCUGAGGAGUAUAUCAAAGAGGUCAUUAGGAUUGCCAGGGAGGAAGAUGAGAAGCUUAGAAGAACAGAUCCGCAGGCCAGGGAAGUAGCGUUGCAAAUGAAAGCCGAGAAUUAG